AUGAUGCUGUUAAAAAGAGGAACAGCAGGUAAAACAGGUCUGGAGCAGGUAGACGCAGCUAUAUUAGACCCUCUUACAGCACUGACACACUUCUACCUAUACCGCCUCACAGAGGAGCUACUGAGGAAGAAGUUCAUCAUGGUGAUUACGCAGCUAUGCUGGUUUGGGUUACUGUACACAGUGGCAGAUCCCUUGGGCCGGUAUGUGGGAGAGUAUGGUUGCUCUGUGCUCCUCCCCCUCCACCCUGUAUCUCCAGUGAUUGUGAGGUUCCUGCCUGUUGGAGGGAACGGUUCUGUACGAGUGUGUGAGGUGGAGAAAGAGCAGACGGAGUGUGGAGCAGCUUAUUCACACCGUACAGAGCUACAGCAGCACUUCCUGGAGCUGAGGAACCUCUCCAUGGAGGACACUGGAUUAUUCUUUGUGGUGGAAAGAGAAACACAGCAUGGUGUCAGUUUUCUCUUCAUAAAAGUGUUCCCUCCAUCUACAGACACCUCAUCUCCAGGUCCACCUAAUAACUUUGACAAUGUAAGAAAUAUUAUCAUCGUAAUCUGCAUCUUCGUUGGCCUUCUAGUCCUGUCACUAAUAGUGAGGUGCGUGAGGUGGUGCAGGCGGAGAAGAGACGCAGAGGAAUAUGUCGUCUAUUUCCAAAACUACUAACUUCUACGCUGAUCUGUCCACCACUAGUGAUGUUUAGUCUGCCCAGCCUUUGAUUUCUCUUCACAGCUGCAGUGAGGCUGGACAGGCUGAUAGCUGACCUAAUGAGUCAGUAAUAAACAUGUAGAACUCCACAGUUUACUGAGACUCACACAGUGCACGUUUACACUUCAGUCCAUGAAUUUGGAAUCAGUAUUUUCGAUAAUAACCCAGUUAUGUAACAAAUAUAUGAGUGAAAAGAGUGCAAUAUGACGGAACUCUGAUAACCAGAAUUCAGAUAAUCAGUAUGAAGCUGUGAAUAUAAAUGUAGAAAUGUUAGAUGAGUCCAGAAUGAAGAUAAGAGCCGUAGAAGAGUCUAAGCUGACUGAGAAAGCUGUACCAUGUUCUGAUAACAUCAAUAUCUAAAAUUAAUAUUUAAAAUAUCCAGAAUUCAUCACAUUACAGAAGUAAAGGCCAGAUGUUGAGUCAGAAAACUUAUAAAAAAAUUUAGAUAAUUACAGAAUAUUAUUAAUUAAAUAACUUUUUGCCAAUAUAUUCAUAUAAUACACUAUAUUGACUAAAGUAUUCACUCAC